AUGGAGUACUCGUCCCUCCGCCCCGUAGAGCAGCGCUCUACCCGCCCAUCCUCGUCGCGCUCUCCCGAAUCCCACUACUGGCGCACCUUCCGAGCCCCCGUCUUUGUCAAAGAGCUCGCGCCCAUCACUUCGAUCCACUUUGUGCCUCCCGUCUCGGUCUACUCGACCACCUCUCCCGACGAUGACCCGACCGCCACCCCUUCCGUCUCCACCAUCGGCUCGACCUCUACGCAGCCGACCUCGGUCACCGCGCGCCAAAAGUUUGCCGUGACCACCGGCGCCCGCGUCCAGAUCUACUCGAUGCGCAACAGCCGCGUCUCGAAAACCAUCUCGCGGUUCAAAGACGUUGCGCGCUCGGCCAACUUUCGCUCGGACGGCCGGCUCAUGGUUGCUGGUGACGACAGCGGGCUCAUCCAAGUGUUUGAUACCACCUCGCGAGCCAUUCUGCGGUCGAUGCGCGGACACACGGGUCCUGUGCACGUGACGAGGUUCUCACCGAACGGGACGCAGAUCAUGUCCGCGUCGGAUGAUAGGACGGUCAGGCUGUGGGACGUGCCCGAACAGAAGGCGGUGCAUGUGUUCGAAGGGCAUGGAGAUUAUGUGCGAUCGGCGGUGGUCAGUCCGGAUAACCCGGCGCUGAUGCUCUCGGGAAGUUAUGAUGGGACGGUCAAGCUGUGGGACGCGAGGACGGACGGGUGCGCCAUGAGCAUGACCCACGGUGCUCCGGUGGAAGACGUGCUGGUCUACCCAACAGGAGGAGGAGGUGUAGCAUUGUCCGUGGGUGGACCAGUGAUGAAGGUGUGGGAUCUCAUGAUGGGCGGGCGGUGCAUGGCGUCCAUCUCGAACCAUCAAAAGACGAUUACGUCGUUGUCGCUGAGCGUGCACUCAGGAGCGGACUAUAGCGCGAGCAACGCGGACAGCGUGGGUGGCAUGCGCGUGUUGACGGGUGGACUGGAUCAUUUGGUCAAGGUAUACGAUCCGGCGCAGGAGUUCAAGGUGACGCACACGAUGCGAUACCCUUCGCCAGUCCUAUCCAUGGCGGUGUCGCCGGACGAGUCGCACAUCGCGGUAGGUAUGGCGGAUGGCACGCUCUGCGUUCGGAAGCGCGAUGUCAAAGCCUCGGAGUUGGAGCGCCGCGAGUCGUCGCGUGCGGCGAUGAACGCGGGCGCGUACGAAUUCUUCCUCCAAGGCAAAGCGGCGGCGUCCAACCUUCCCUCGGCUGUCAACGUGCGCAAGACGACGGACGACAUCCGCGUGGACAGUGUGCGCAGACGAAAGCUGCAGGACUACGAUCGCUUCCUCAAGGCGUUCCGCUACGCCGAUGCGCUGGAUGCAAGUUUGCGAAAAGGUGUCGCGCCGAGUGUCACGUUCGGGCUGAUCCUGGAGCUCAUCCACCGCAGUCCACGUGGUAGUCUCGAUGGGCUCCGAAGGGCAGUGGCGGGGAGGGACGAUGUGACGCUCGAACCCGUGCUCCGCUUCCUCCUGCGCCACGCGGCGAAUCCCACCUACGUCGAGUUGGUUUGCGACACACUCAACGUCAUCGUCGACACGUAUGCGAGCGUCAUUGGCCAGAGCCCGCUGAUCGACGAUCUGUUCGGCAGGAUCUGGGCCAAGGUCAGCGACGAGCUGCGCCUGCAGAGGGAGUUGAUGCAGGUGAGGGGCAGCUUGGAGAUGGUCUUGGCGGCGACGGCGUUGGGUGCGGCUGGAGUGGGUGCGUGA